AUGGAUGACGCCUGUAAAUGUAAUAAGAAAUGCGGUGAAAAGAUUUCUCAAGUCUCUCGGCAAGCUAUAUUCGACAAUUUUGGAAACUUAAUAAUAACGAGGAUCAGUGGCAAUAUAUCUUACGCCAUGUUGAUAAUACCCUUGCUUGUUCCAGUACAACUGCCAAAGCAGCUGCAGCACAUGAAAUACCAGGUUCAGUAUCGUGCGCCGUCGCCACCGCCGCCGGGUGUAACUCGGACGCCCGAAGAAAUUGAGGCUGAAAUAAAAAAAGUUGAGGCAGAAUACGAGAAACUGGCCCUAGUGUUUAUCGAGUACGUGUAG